AUGUUGCCAAUGCUCUCCACUAUUGCCACGCUUCUUGUGGGCAGUUCCUUCACAUUUGCUCAAACGCUCCAAGAUGUGACCGAUUUUGGGCCUGUGUAUGAAACCAGUCUUACCAUGAAGAUCUAUGUUCCAUCUGAGCUGCCAUCUAACCCAGCAAUCCUUCUUGCGUUGCACGGAUGCGGUGGUAGCGGUCAACAAUACUUCAGCUCAACGAAAUACACAGGUCUGGCUGAUGCCCACGGUGUCAUCCUCAUCUACCCUUCCACCCCCAAGGACAGCAAUUGUUGGGAUAACCACAGCAACAAAUCUCUUUCGCACGGCGGUCACGGUGACACCGAGGUUCUGAUUAAUAUGGUCGACUACAUCGUCGACGAAUACAACGCGGACGCCAACCGGGUCUUUGUCGUUGGUACGAGCUCGGGUUGCAUGAUGACAAAUUCCCUCUCAGCAACUUAUCCCGAUCGCGUCGCAGCCGUUUCUUGCUACUCUGGAGUUGCCGCUGGCUGUCUAGCUGGACAGAAAGGCUCCAGCCCAAUUUCUAGUGAUCGUGAAUGCAGUAACGGAAACGUUCAGAAGACUGGUGAGGAGUGGGCCAAGCAGGUUCAUGCUAUGUAUCCGGGAUACGACGGGAACUACCCGCGAUUUUUGACUUGGCAUGGCAAUGCCGACACACUUGUGUUCUACCAGAAUCUGAUCGAGCAGCUGAAGGAGUGGUCUACCAUCCAGGGAGUAGAGUUCUCUAACAACGAGACGGACACUCCCGAGAAAGGAUACACGAAAAUGGUGUACGGUGACGGUACAAAGCUGGUUGGCAUCUUAGCGGAUGGAGUUGGUCAUGUCGUCCCCAACCAUGAAGAGGAGGAUUUCAAAUGGUUUGGUCUUAAAUGA